CUUUACCAAAAAAACUCCACGAGAUGAUAACCUUAGAGACGCGUUUAAAAUGACCAAUGUUUUUAUGUGAUAUAAAAAGACAUACGAGGGGACCAAAAAAAAAAUUAACAUCAGUUAUCCUCCUCUCUUUUCCUCAAUUGCUUAACCUUUUGUUUUGCUAGCGCACGGCCCGUGCUUCCUCGCACGACUCACACUUCUUACCAACAAGCACUAACACCCAAAAUAUUACCCCACUUCUUAUCUUUUUAUUACCAAACCAUAUUUUGCCAAAUAUUCAACCCAUUUGUGCCUUAUUCAUCAUAUCACAUAAACUUGUUACCAAAAUAUAACUUAACCAAAUUCAGCAAAAGAACUGUUAGACCGUAGUAGGAGCUUUUCUAGCAAUGGAAAACAAUCAAAUGUUGAAGAGGUUUUCGGGUUCGUCGAAAUUUAAGCGAAUUUGUGUUUUUUGUGGUAGUAGUCCUGGAAAGAGUCCUAGCUAUCAGGUUGCUGCUCUUCAGCUUGCUAACCAAUUGGUUGAAAACAAGAUUGACUUGGUUUACGGAGGAGGAAGCAUUGGCUUAAUGGGAAUGGUUUCUAAAGCUGUGUAUAAUGGAGGACGUCAUGUCUUAGGAGUAAUCCCGAAGACCCUUAUGCCUAAAGAGAUUACUGGUGAAACGGUAGGGGAAGUGAGACCUGUGUCCGGUAUGCAUCAGAGAAAAGCAGAAAUGGCUCGCCAAGCUGACGCUUUCAUUGCUUUACCAGGAGGUUAUGGAACUUUGGAAGAAUUACUAGAAGUCAUCACUUGGGCUCAACUAGGAAUUCAUGACAAGCCGGUGGGCUUGCUGAACGUUGAUGGGUAUUACAACUCAUUAAUGUCCUUCAUAGACAAGGCUGUUGACGAGGGUUUCAUUGCCCCUGCUGCCCGUAGCAUUAUUGUUUCUGCCCCAACUGCCCAUGAACUUAUGUCCAAGCUUGAGGACUACGUUCCGAAUCACCAUGGUGAAGCGCCAAAGCUUAGGUGGGAGAUUGAGCAACAACUAGGAUACGGUACAACGAAGUCGGAAAUUUCUCGUUGAUUUCGACGACAACCAAUUAUAUACAUGAUCAUCUGUAAUUGUAUAAAUGGUCUUUAGUAUAGCUUAAACAGAAUCAUUUGAUAGCCAUAGAUUAUUUAGAUUGAGAUUCACGCAAAUUACAAGUAUACAUAAUCUCAUUUUGACCAUUGUAUAACCACAAGUCGUCCAAAUUUAUUUAUUCAUAAAUUUAGGGGUAAUCUUUGUUACAUCCCAAUGAUAUAUACAAGUAUAUGUUUAUGUAAUUUAUAUACCAGUAUAUGAUUCUUCGAAA